CUAUUUGGCGUAGUCCAAAAUAGCUUGUGUUAUCGAAGGGAGAUAACUGUUGUAUCUGAAUGAAAUUAAAGUUACUCCCCUUGUUCCGCAGCAAAACUGAGAGUUAUGACCCUUGUCAAUAUACCGAAAGGCUUUCAAUGCGCAAGUCCUUUUCUAAAUGGACGAACAGGGAUAGGUUUGUGUGGUUAAAUUAGGGGAUAUUAUAUCCAGAAAUAUGACACUGUUUACCAAAAUUUUCCAAAUAAUAAAGUAUUGUUUACAUAGUAUAGUUACCGUUCUGUCGUUGUAAAAGGAAAAAAAAAAUUAACGGAUGGGUUCUGAAAGGUUACUAAUUUGGUGGAUAAGUUUUGAUUCAUGUCAUAUCUUGCAGUUCAGCAACAUGUUAAGCAAAAUGGCGGACCGUGUUUUCACGUACUCUUUCUGUGUGUGAGAAGUUUUGUUAACUGUGAGGUAUAAAAUUGCAUGUUGGGUCAGGAAAAUGCCGAAGUCCAAAAGCAAAUCGAAGAGUGCAGCUCCCUCGGGUUCUGGUGGGUCCAAGGGACGUAAGACACCCCCCCCCCCUUCCCCCUCCCAGUGUGAAGGAAUUCACGAUGAUGUAGGCCUAGUGGAUCAUGGACAGGAAACAUGCGGGAAUGAUGGGAUGGUUCAGACGGACAUACGUCAAAGUUUAUGCCAAACUGCCAGUCCCACCCAGGCUCCUGAGCUUGAAACAGGUGAUACAAACCACCCUGUUAGUGUCAUGUCCUGUAACGCACCUAGUUUAGGAUUACAUGUGUCGAAUCAAACUAGACAAAACAUCACUGACGGUCAAUUUGUAAAUUUGGCCUCUCUACUUCCGUCCAGCACGCUUCCGGGGCAUUUGUCUUUAAAUGACAAUGGUGAAAUUGUCUCCAGGGAAGCCCAGUCAAAAUCUAACGACACAUUAGACAAAUGGGUAGAUGCUUUUCUCAUUUGCAUGGAUAUUUAUAUCAGUGCGCACCCAAUAGCUGCGCGUAGUAUGCUGAAAUACGUUUACACAAUUCGAUUAGGUGCAAAGAGGGCAGCUAUAGGAUGGAAAGAGUAUGAUGUACAAUACAGACUAAGAAAGGGAGAUAACCCAUCCGCUUCGUGGGGAGAGGUUGACACUGAGCUGUGGCUUCUUUACAUGGGUUCUAACAACCACGGAAGAGCUGUUUCUCAUACUUACAAGCAGGGCCGCAGUCAGGGCACAUGCUAUGACUACAACUUUAAGGGCACGUGUUUUAAGCAUCCUUGUCUAUAUUUGCAUUUGUGCAUGCGCUGUGGAGGUGACCAUCCCAUUUCAAUGUCCAACAUGCAAAAAUCAUUUCUCCCUCAGCAACAGCCCUUUCUUGGCCAAAGAAGGACUUCACUCCAGUUUCUCGCUAAUACUAGACAAACAUUCAACACAAACCGGUACACAUAUACCAACCCCAGAGCACGAAACCCAUCUCACACCCCCAGAUAUAUAGGCUUUAGGCCGAACCCCAGUCAACCUGGAGGCUUUAGACAAAAAUCUAGCAUUGUAUCCUGAUCGAGAAGCAGCUCGAUCACUUUCUGAUGGGUUUCGUUCUGGCUUUCGUUUACAUUAUCAUGGCCCUCGGCUUUUUAAAGAAUCGAAAAACAUCAUUUCAGCUCUUGAACAUGAGUCUGAAUUAUGGGAAAAGAUAAAGAAAGAGAUAAACUUCUGUACAAUAUCUAGGCCUUUCUCGCAGCGUCCGAUAUCAAACUUGAGAGUGUCUCCAAUUGGGUUGGUUCCUAAAUCGAACGGGGGCUGGGGGCUCAUUACUCACCUUUCAUUUCCAUCUUCAGACAGUGUUAAUGAUUUAUAGAUCUAGAAAUGUGUUCUGUAAAUUACACUUCAUUUCACAAGGUUUUAGAAAUGAUAGCUGGGUUGGGUUGUGGGGCACUGAUUGGUAAAAUGAAUGUAAAAUAUGCCUUUAGGUUACUACCCGUUUAUCCAGGAGAUUUUGAUUUACUCGACAUGAAAUUCCAGAGUAACUAUUUCAUCGACAAAUGUUUGUCAAUGGGUUGUGCCAUUUCGUGUCGGGUUUUUGAAACAUUUUCACCUUUCUUACACUGGCUAACAGUACAUACCACAAAUGAAAACACCAUGGAUCACUACCUAGAUGAUUUUAUUUUUGCUGGAGCUGCAGGCACGAAUAUAUGUGAAAAUAUCAUGUCAACAUUUGAAAGACUGUGUUUUGAAUUAGGAGUCCCUUUAGCUUCCGAAAAGACAGUAGUCCUUCAACGACCCUCACGUUCCUGGGUUCCGAAAUUGACACUGUUCAAAUGCUUAUGCGGAUUCCUGCCAAAACACGUGAGGAAUUGUCAAGCCUUUUGGGUGAAUUUUUAACACGUAAGAAAGUAACCUUACGUGAAAUACAAUCGUUGACGGGCAAACUAAAUUUCUUUUGCAAAGCCAUUCGGCCAGGUAGAACAUUUAUUAGACGUUUUCAUGAUGCCACAAGUCGAGUGAGUAAACCGUAUCAUUUUAUUCGAACGGGCAAAGAGCUUCGUUCCGACACGCAGAUGUCGUCACAUUUUCUGGACAACUUUAAUAGAACAGUGUAUUUUUCGAGUGAUGUUUGGUCGUCUGAAUCGGUUCUGAAAUUGUAUACUGACAGUGCCAGGUCUACUGAAUUAGGAUGUGGGGCAAUUUUUCAGAAAGAGUGGGUAUUUUACCCAUGGCCAGCUGCUUGGGCUGAGAUGGAAGUUAUGUGUGAUAUGACUUUUCUUGAACUCGUCCCAGUCAUUUUAGCUAUUAUGAUAUGCGGUAGCAAGUUAUCAAACAAGAGGGUGCUGCUAAAUAUCGAUAACGAAGCCCUGAUUGCAAUCCUGAACAGACAAACAUCUAAAUCUAGACCUGUCAUGGGACUAGUAAGGCCCCUUUGUUCUGAAUACAAUGUUUCACAACAUAACAUUUAAAGCGGUACAUACUGCUGGUCAAGUUAAUUUAACGGCCGACGCAAUUUCUCGUAAACAUUGGGACAGAUUCAGAGAAGUGUCCCCAUCAGCCAAUGUAUCACCAGAGCCGGUCCCAGUCGAGUUCCAUACUCUGAUCUCCAGCCUGAAGUUGACAGACUCCUCCGAGCAGCACUCUCAGAAAAUUCACACGCAACCCAAAGAACUGGUUUAGCUUCUUAUUUUCAAUUUUGUGCACAAGUAGACAUCCAAAAUGCUUGGCCUCCUCAGCUGGAAUUCAUUGUUUUCAUGCAUAGCUCAUUUGUCAAUACGAGGUCUAACUUACUCUUCAGCAAAGGUCGUACUUAUCUGCGAUCUCGUACAGAUGUAAGUUAGAAGGGCAAGUGGAUUACUCAUCAGAUUUUGUGGAUUCCAAAUUAAUGCAGGGAAUGAAACGUAUUCACCAUAGCCCGGACAGCAGACUACCUAUCACCAAAGAAAUCUUGCAGAAAGUUUUUCGCGUGUUGCCGAGUGUUUGUGCUAAUACGUAUGAGUCAACCUUAUUCACAGCUGCUUUUUCUUGGGCGCAUUUUGCCUUCCUUAGGGUCGGAGAGUUUGCGGUAUCUAGGGCAAAGCCUGAUUAUCAGGUUAUCAGCCGGGCUGAUAUUCAUUUGGACACAAAGGCAGAGACUCUAACCCUAAAUAUCCGCUAUUCUAAGACUGAUCAAACAGGCAAAGGUGUAACAAUCAAAGUAGACAAGCAAGCGGGAAAUCCUAGUAUUUGUCCCUACACAAGCAUGGGAACAUAUCUUUCAAACCGAUCACACAUCAAGAGCCCUUUGUUUUGUCACUUCAGUGGUGCCCCACUCACUCGGUAUCAGUUUUCUGCAAUACUUCAGAAAUGUUUGAAGGUUUUAAACAUGCAGAAUUUGAAAUACAGAGGUCACUCCCUGCGAAUUGGUGCAGCCACAGACCUGGCAUUGGCAGGCGGGACAGCAGAAAUGAGUAAACGAGCAGGCCGGUGGCGGUCUGCCUGUUAUCAAUCAUAUAUACGUGUGCCAUUGUUAAAAUAACUGAUAAAUGUAAAACAAUGAUAUCGUUUAGGUCUUUCAGCGUGCAUCUGGGUUAUAGACUCCUCCAUAGUCAAAAGAGCUUUCACUGCAGCAGUCAUAAGACCUGGUGGCCCUGAUUUGGGAUUGUCAAGAAUAGGGUACACAUUGGUGGUGGCAGGGAUACAGUGGGAUGAGUUUGCAGCAGGCCAGAAACAAAAUAGGGUUGUUGAAACAUAUCGGCCCCCAGCCGACUGUCAUUGUAUUACAUUGUGGUGGGAAUGACAUAGGCAAAGCAGCUAUACGAAAACCAAGAUUGGCUAUGUUUUCUUUAUUUGAUUACAUCAUGAAUGAGUUCCCGAAUUUGAAAAUAAUCUGGUCACAAAUAUUACCUAGAUUAGAAUGGCGAUAUUCUGGCAACAACGCUGUUAUAAAUCAAGCCAGGAAAAGGUUGAACUCCGUUGCCAGAGGUCUAGUCAUU